AUGUCGGCUGCUCGCUCCCGCUUCUCUCUGCUGUCUUCUGAGCGGCUGCAACGGUUACGAAGAGCUGGCAAGUUUACGGUCGCGACUGUCCAGGUCCUCGUCGCCGUCCACCUCUUCAACCAGAAUGUGGCCGAGAUCCGACCCUGCGCCGGCGCCUCGAUGUACCCAACUCUGAAAGACCAAGGAACACUCGUCCUGCACUCUCCGCUCGCUCUUCGCCUGUUCCCGAUCGAGCGAGGCAACCUCGUCACCGCCGUCUCUCCCAACGACCCCGCACACCAGAUCCUCAAGCGGGUCAUUGGCCUGCCAGGCGACACAGUCUGCGUCGACCCUUCUGGCGAGCGGAAAAAGACGGACGCAGAGUGGCGCAAGACGCCUGUGGGCCGAGUUAAGGGCGAUGUGGAUCCUGCGGGAGAGUGGACGAGAACGGACGUCGAGUGGUGUACGGUUCCGCCGGGUCAUGUCUGGAUCGCCGGCGACAACACGUCCAACUCGACAGACUCGCGCGACUAUGGACCCGUACCAAUCGGUCUGUUGAAGGGCAAGAUCAUCUGCAGAAUAUGGCCCAGUCCCGGUCCGCUCAACACGACCUUCCACAAGGUCACUAGGGCAUGA